ACGGGACUCUCUUCUCAUCAGGGGUCUGAGAGAGAAUACAUCUCUGAGAAGAUGGUGAGAAAUAAAAAUAUCGGAGGGCUUCCCAAUCGCUCUUCCACAGGCAAGACAAAAAAGGCUGGCUCCAAGACUGCAAACAGCAAGGACCUGACACCUUUAGAUGAACCAGCCGACCGCAGCAUCUCUGCUAAUUCUCCAGAGCUCCAGACCACUGGCCAAGGUCAGCUGGGUUUUCCAGACAUAAUCUACCUGCUGGCGUCAGUCAUCUUCCAGAAUAACCACCGGGAGAAGCCUGCUGCCCACCGGUUGGUGAAUUAUGGCAAAGAAAGAGGACUCCCAUUACCUCAAGUCAAAGAUGAGAAGAUGCAACGUACAGCUUAUGAGCUGGCCUUCAAUACACUUAAAUAUCAAGAGCUGCUGGAGGACAUCAUGAUUGACAGCUGCUUUUACCUCACUCAGCCAACGCCAAAUGAUCAGAUGAGCCUCGUUGCCGUCAUGCUGUAUGACUUCCAGGACAGAAAGUUCCUCCCACGGAAACGCCAUGGAGAGGACGAGAUUGUACAGGAAGUUAAAGAUGUGGAGAGCUUCCUCCUCAGGUCGAAGACCAAGCUGGCAGCCUCGCUGGCCCGCUGCAGAAUCAAACACAAUCUCUUGUCCAUUGACUAUAUCCUGCCAGAGAGUGUGAAGAUAAAGCAGGAGAGGUCAAGCAGCCUUCCACUUUACACAUGGGUCAACACACUGAAGAGCAGUGUUGAUGAGGUCCAAAGUGUCCUGAAGAGUGCGGGCUUCUCGCAGGUGAAAUCGAUUGGACAGCUGGAGGGCCAGACCUUCUGCCAGGAUUCCCACUGUGGGGAUAUACUGGUAUUCCCUGCUCAGCUGAAAGCUCAGCUGUACACCACCAGGCUGCUGAGAGACCACACACUCAUCAUACAGGAUAAAUUUUGCAGCCUGGGACCAAAUGCAGUGUGCUCCCUGCUUCCAGAGGAAGGAGAUGUUCUUAUGUUGGGCUGCUUCUCUGGCCUCACCGUAUCCCACACUGCCUCUCUUAUUGCAGAGAAACACAAAGCCAACAGCAACGUUCAGCCCACAGUCUACGUUUGUGUCAGUGAUCGUACAAACGCUCACAGGGAGGAGCUGCAGCAGGCUGUAACUGCCAUGGGCUCCAAGAAUGUGACGCUGAUACCAGAGGACUUCCAGUCUUUGGACAGCAGAGACAAGCGACUCCAGAAGUUGCGUGUUAUCCUGUUGACCCCCAAGUGUUCUGUGUCUGCAGUCAGCAAUCCGGUAGAAUUCAUACUGCAAGAGAAUGGAGACACAGAACUGCUGCAGGACUUAUCCCAGAGCUCCAUAGCCCAGAGCAAACUGGAAGCUCUGGUAGCCCAGCAGAGGACAGAUAUCGAUCAUGCCUUGAAGUUCUCUAAGGUGUUGGCAGUGGUGUACUCUACAUGUUCAUCAUACAAAGAGGAGAAUGAGGAGGUGGUGAGCAGAGCCCUGGAGCAAGCCAAGGCCUGCUCGGAGCAGGAGGGGGAACCAAAACAAUCAAACUUCAGGCUUACCCCAGGCCCCUUCAGCAUGCCUGACCAGGCUGAGGGCCCAAACGAAACACACCCCUUCUUCUUCAUGUUGGAGCCCUCAGAACGGAGCAAUGGCUGCUUCCUGGCUGUUCUCAGCAGAGAGCCCGAGCCAGAGGUCAAAGAGGCACCAUAUGAAGUGAUUGUCAGGGCAAAUGCCAAAGGCAUACUGGACGGGAUCGGCUCCAGCCAGCUAACCAGAAAAGAGCAAAGACAAGCCGACAGGAUGACAAAAACAACCCAAGCUCGCACCUCUCAGCCCCAUCUCUCUGCCAGAAUUCAUUCCAGAAGCCAAGAGACCGUGGGCAGCCACAGCACGACUUUGCGUGGUCAUCUGGAAUUUACCAACAGGCGGCCGUCAUUACAAGGAAAAGCCAAAGCAAUGCAGAUGCAGCCCUCAAAGUACACAGUGCACAGCUCCUUCCCUUCCUCCAAACCAGAAAGCAAUGCACCCAAGAAAAGCAUCACCCCUGUGUUAAACACUGCACCUACCCCUUCUCCUGCUACCGCCCUGGCCCGUCCCUGCAGAGCUCGUCAAGAGGUACCGAAGCCUGUGGUGCUCGUCCUGCCCCGCGUUCACUUCCCCAACUUCUUGCCCCCUCCGCUCAGCCGAACAGGAUCCGGCCCAAGCUUCGACUACAUGUGGAGGCCCCCAGCUCAAAGUCGUGGUCAAUAUAAAUAA